AUGGACACGGACGGUGUCGUUUCGUUCAACCAUGUCUCGCCGGAGGAUUCCCACGAGGUUCAUGUCUUGGCCGUCGACGACAGCCUCGUUGAUCGAAAGGUCAUUGAGCGCUUGCUCAAAAUCUCAGCUUGUAAAGUUACGGCUGUGGAUAGUGGAAUCAGAGCACUGCAAUUUCUGGGGCUGGAUGAGCAGAGAAGGACCUCUGAAUCUGAUGGUUUUGUCCCGGAUUUGAAGGUGGAUCUAAUUAUCACAGACUACUGCAUGCCCGAAAUGACCGGUUACGAGUUGCUCAAGAAAAUCAAGGAAUCGACCAUGUUCAGAGAAAUUCCAGUAGUGAUCAUGUCUUCCGAAAACAUUUUGCCGCGCAUAGACAGAUGUUUGGAGGAAGGUGCAGAGGAUUUCAUAGUGAAGCCAGUGAAAUUAUCUGAUGUAAAACGGUUAAAGGGUUACUUGACACCAAAAGAGGUUAUUAAGGUUGACAGAAGAAGUGAUGGUUAUGUUAACGGUGGCUGCAAAGGUGGUGAUGGUGGUGGUGGUGGUGGUGUGGAGAUAAACAACAACAAAAGGAAGCUGGAAGAGCAAGACACAUCUGACGUGUCAACAUCUCCACCGUCCACUUCUACACUUUCAUCAUCACCCUCCGUUUCUUCACCAUCACCGUCAUCUUCUCCUACCUCUUCACCCAGCGUGCUUGCUUCUCCGAUCAGACGGCUUAAAAUGACCAGCACCGAUUGACUCUCUGUUAUGUCAUCUACCGCAGCAUUUCUCUUUUUGCUCUUAAGAAUAUUUAUUAUUAUUAUUAUUAUUAUUAUUGUUUCUCUCCUUCGGGGUUCGAAUUGCAAUUACCCGUUGCGUGUAACGGUUUUUGUUGCAUUGCUAAUUUAUUUUGUUUGUUUGUUAAUGUUAA